CUUCAUUGAGUUACCCAGGCCUAUUGAAAAUGUAUCAAUAAACUGUUAAUUCUGGGUUUGUUUUUAGGUGCAUUUUUGAUACCCUAUACGCUUAUGUUAGUGUUCGGUGCCGUGCCACUUUUUUAUAUGGAAUUAAUCUUAGGCCAAUUUAAUAGACAAGGACCAAUUAGCCUAUGGAGGAUAUGCCCACUUUUCAAAGGAGUGGGAUUCUGUGCAGUUUUAGUCGCAUUCUACGUUUCGUUUUAUUACAAUGUGAUCUUAGCCUGGGCCCUCUACUACUUGGGAUCGAGCAUAUCAGCCGAACUCCCCUGGAUGCACUGCAACAACUCCUGGAACACUGAGCAAUGUUGGGAGCUGAGGUCGCUCAAUGAAACCAACAGGUCCAUGAGUUUGGUGCUAAACGAGACUCUGAAAAACAGCAAACACACUCCGGCUUUUGAGUUUUUCCAUCGUGCGGUACUGGAAAUGCAAUGGAGCGACGGGCUGCACGAAAUGGGUUAUCCAAAGUGGCAGCUGGUGGUCUGUCUGAUCCUCAUCUACUGCCUCCUUUAUGUGUCGUUGUUCAAGGGAGUGAAGUCUUCCGGUAGGAGAACAGUUUCCGUCAUAAGGAAACACCAACUUUGUCAGUUUUCAGGAAAAGUCGUCUGGGUAACAGCCACCAUGCCUUAUGUGGUUCUCAGCAUCCUACUGGUCAGAGGGUUGAUGCUUCCAGGGGCUUUAGGCGGGAUUUCCUACUAUCUUCAGCCGGAACUUUCAAAGCUGAAAGAAACUCAGGUUAGGAUGCCCUCACCCCCGAGAGAAUUUCAGGAAAAUCGCGCCUAUUCUAUAUUUCAGGUUUGGGUGGAUGCAGCCGUUCAAAUAUUCUACUCGGUUGGGGCGGGCUUUGGAGUGCAUCUCUCUUAUGCCAGCUACAACACCUUCCAUAACAAUUGCUACAGAGAUUGCAUAAUUACAACAGUUGUAAACUGUUUCACAAGUUUCUUCUCUGGGUUCGUCAUAUUCACCUACUUGGGCUACAUGUCCCAUAAGCAAGGAGUCGAUAUUAAAUACGUGGCGACCGAAGGUCCAGGACUAGUGUUCCAAGUCUAUCCGGAGGCGGUGGCCACUUUGCCUGGAUCCCAUUUGUGGUCGGUGCUCUUCUUUUUCAUGUUGAUCAUGUUGGGAGUGGACUCAGCGAUGGGAGGGUUGGAAUGCGUCAUCACCGGUUUAAUGGACGAGUUCUCCAGCUUCUUCAGACAGAGGAAAUACGCCAGGGAGAUCUUCACGUUGAUUGUGAUCUUGACCUCUUUCUCCGUGGCGCUGAUCAAUGUGACCCCAGGAGGAAUCUACAUGUUUCACUUAUUCGACACUUACUCUGCAGGAAUAUCACUGCUGUGCUCUGCUCUGUUUGAAGCCAUUGCAGUGUCCUGGUUCUACGGCUUGGAUAGAUUAACACAGGACGUUGAAGCUAUGCUAGGCAUGAAGCCAGGCAUCUACUGGCGGGUUUGCUGGAAGUUCAUCAGUCCGAGCUUCAUUGUGUGCGUUGUUAUGUUUGGGUUGUUGUACCAUCAGCCACUGGUUUACAACGAUUAUUCUUAUCCCAACUGGGCGGAAUGGGUCGGCUGGUCGCUUGCCCUCAGUUCCAUAAUGAUGAUUCCUUUAGGAGCGAUUAUCCAGCUGUGCAAAACUCCUGGAUCUUUUAAGGAGAGAGUGGCUCUCUCAAUAUCGCCGGUUGAAGAGCACGAGGAAAUCAGGAGGAGCAAGCUGGUGAGACGGUUUAGAGCCAAACAUUGGUUCUACAUUUAAGCGAGUAGGUUAAUUAUUGCAGGUCGUUUUUGUGCGUUGUUCUAGUCAGGUAUUUUCUUGUUGUUGUUGAGUAAAGUAGUUGGAAAAUGAUUUUUGAUUAACCUAAGUAUUUAGAUCGACAGUGUAAUAACGUGUAUAGUAAAACUGAAUUUUUAUAAAAUCACAAAUACGUAUCGG